AAAUAUUUGAAAUUUAACAUGCACAUAGAAAAUCCUUUUUACUCCUCAAUUUAGACUCCAUACACUCAAACCAAUAUGGCACCGGUAGCCAACAUGCAAAGAAAAGAAAUUGGUGAUUAAGCUAUUUGGACUCUAUCAUCGGCCAAGACAGGAAAUGGAGUAGAUCAAUUAAGGGAUGAUAAUUUGAAUACAUUUUGGUAGUCAGAUGGAACACAACCACAUUAUAUAACAAUAUAAUUUUUAAAGAAAAUGAGAGUUUAGGAAGUUGCUUUGUAUUUGGAUUUCAAAUAAGAUGAAAGUUAUACUCCAAACAAACUUUCCAUACGAACAGGAACUAAUAUCUAGGAUAUGAAGGUAUAUUUGAUGAAUAGAAUUAGGAAGUGUAAUUCAUUGAAUUGAAAGAACCAUAUGGAUGGUAUGUAUUUGCACUCAAGACCAAAUUGCUUAAUGGCUAAGAAAAGUAUAUGCUUAAAUUAUGUUAGACCUUACGUUUCUACUAUUAAUAUCCAAAUAGUGGUGUUACAGAAUUAACAUAGUGGAAAGGACACGCAUAUCAGAUAGGUGAAAAUAUUUGGACCAAGAGAGUACAAUAUUUAAAUUUAUUAUAUUUUAGGAAACAAAAUCAAGGUUUGAGUUUCCCAGACUUUAAAACACCUGAAAUUACUUAAUAUGCUUCAAUUCGUUGA